AUGACAGACAAUAGCAUUCCCCAUAAAAAAAAACACCCCAAAAGGAACGUACUUCGCUUUAUCAUUUACUUUCAGAUACAGAGCACGGCAACUAAUUUGUCAUCAGGAAGAAAUCCUGUUUAACAAUUUUAUAUACGAAAUUAAAGCGUCUCUCUACUCGACGCGUUUAUUCUCCCACAAGCUUGUGUAGUAUUUUAGGUUUUUGUCUCUUCAGAAUUUAUCGAUGGACCUUGUGACAUUUUCUCAGCAAACCUCGGACAUCCUGUGCUGCUUUUUCGGAGAGUCGUACUUGGAGACGGAUAGUUGCUCAGAAGUAGACCCGGUCAAAAUAGCCGCUCAGCUCCGACAGUUAGGAGAUCACUACGAUGAGACGGUUAUUCAGCCGCUCAUGCGUGAUGUCCAGAAAGCAGCCGCUGACCAGGCAGCUGUUGCAUUCACUAAGAGUGUGGACUACCUGUGUAAGAUGUGGGUGGCUGAGAGUCCUGAAAUUGUUCCUGAGAAGCAUCUCCUGAAGGCCACAAUGGCACUGUCACUUUACAUGAAGAGGAACUGCCCAGACUUGACAACACACAUACAUGAUGCCGUUUUCAACAUUGUUAACAAUCGGCUAGGCACAUGGAUCAGGGAGCAGGGAGGCUGGGAGCGGGUCUCUAGCCUACGAGAAUGAGAAGAAUAUGAAAAGUCACUCUUUUCUCAGGAAUUUUGCCUGUGAAACACAAGAUAAAACAAUGAAGAGACCAAGAUUUCCAAAGAGCUACCACAAUAAGAAUGAACUACGAAAACACCUUUAAGUCAUAGGUGUGUGAUAUUAGGUUUGAAUGGGUAUGCAAUAAUGCCAUUUUUUAAAAUUCAGCUAUCAAACUACAUGCAUUAAAUCAAUGUCUGUUGGACUUCUUGGUAUAAACUUGAAUCAUGGUCUAGAUGACUAUAUUGUUUUUUUCUAGUGGCCUUUUUGAACAAAACAAUUGUUUACUAGAUUUUAAGAAAUACUAAUGUAUUACUGAUACUGUAAUGUACUGAUUGGUGCAUGACCAUAACCAUUGUAAUCUUAGGAUUUUCUUAAUUGUUAAAUUUAUGCUAGAAUAAAGGAAAGAGAGGUGAAAUAAGUAAAAGAAAA